CAAAGACAGAGAGAGAGCGUGUAUAGUUUUAAGAGAAGGGGUAACUCAUCACCACAACCACCACACAACAACAACAGCAUACAACAACAGCGACACUUAUGACACACAUCAUAUUCACAUCAUGAUGAAGGCAGUACUCAAAUUCGAAAGAAAUUGAGCGGCAAAACAGUACACCAAAACACAGCUGAUCAACACCUAGAAAAAACGUUGGAACGAUUCAUACUCAAAAUGUCGUCAGGAGCGGCGGCUGAACUUUCAGCAAGCACUCCUGCGAGCGCUCUAUCGUCUGCUCAAAAUUCAACUUUUGCAACAUUACAAGUCAAUGGUAUCAAUCUCCCUGCCGCGGCACAAUCAUCUACAUCAUCUCUCCGUACAAAAGAGGAAGGCAAAGAUACGCCGAUGGGCGAACCAGAACUGUUAGCCCUGAUCAUCGAAAUGCGACUCGGCGCUCCUUCUUCCUCUGGAGGUGGUAGCAAUGGUCAAUCCAAUUCACUCAAUGGAUCCAGAAGGACUACUAGCAAUGGCGCAGGAUCUGCUAUGGCAACUACUUCAAACGGUCCCUCUACAUCCGAUUCCGGCACGAUGGAUUUAAGUCAUAAAAAGAUUCGGUCGUUACCGAAUGAAAUGGUGGAUAUUAUCAAAGACGAUAUCGUUCGUUUGGCAGUAGGAUACAACUUUCUCACUACAUUACCAUCAAAUUUUGUCAAUCUAAGCAAGCUACGAUAUCUUAACAUACGUGCAAACCUAUUGAGCACAGUACCUCCCGUUCUGUGUUCGUUGCCUUCCCUGGAGAUCCUGGAUAUGAGCAGAAAUAAAGUGCGUCAGUUACCUGCUGAACCUGGCCGGCUAGCAGAUCUACGUGUUUUGAGCAUAUCCAAUAAUCGUUUACGUCGAUUGCCAGCAUGGAUGAGUAGAGCGAAAAAUCUACGAAUCCUCAAGUUAGAGGGUAAUCCGAUCAAUUGGCCACCACCACAUGUGUCUGUUAUGCCACCGAUCGAGAAAGCUGCAGUGAAUGACCUAAACGGAGAUGGUAAAGCCAAUGACAAAGCCAAAGCACAAGCAUCUCGUAGCCGGGCAGAGGAUAAGCAUAUGAUGCUGUGGAUCGCAAAGCUGAAAGAAUGGAUUGCGGAAAAUGAGGGGAAAGCUGAAUCACAAGAGGUGCUCGACAUGAGCAAUAGCGCCAUUACACCAUCAGCUACGCCUAUGUCUGGAGUGGAAGACAAGGUGAUAGAAGUGCCAAAUGUCAGAGAUGCUGAUACCAAAGUUGAAGAUAUACCCUCCGCACCUGUGGAGGAGUCCAAGGCAAAUGAUGAGAUACAGACAGUAGCGGUACCGGAGACUGCGCCUUUUGCUAGCACAGUCAUGUCCACCUCUCCAGAGGAAGUAACAAAUGUCAUUCCAGUGGUGACAAAUAAUGAUGACUCUGCCAAUACACCACCAUCAUCAGCGGUCGGUAGCAAAUCAGCUGGUGAAAGUUCAAACAGUGCAACAGACACUACUCCCGCGACACCUCCAUUACCUUCAACCAAAUGGAACCCGAAAGGAUUGGGACGUCCAAAUGAGAUCAUAUCAGCAACUCCACCUGCAUCAGUCGUUGGAGGUAAAUGGACAGGACAAAGUUCCAAUUCGGUAGCAGCAGUUGAAUCGGAGAGAAACAGUUAUUUCAAACGUUUAUCAACUUUGCCUACUUCAACAAUAUCCACACGAGUCUCUGUGCCUGUGCUUUUAUGCGUCGAUGCUACCCGAGGUGUGUUGUAUGCAUUAUCACAAAUGCAUACCGCUCUUCGUCAAUACGUUGCUUUUGCGACUGAUGAACGAAUGACAUCACAAUUGAGUAGAGUGCUCGAUAUUGCUGGAAAUUCAAUGGCUUCCUUGAUUCAUUCAUUGGACAGAUUUGAUUCAUUAUCCAGAAUCAAAGGUGAUACACUCGAUCCACUGGUCAUUCGUGGCGUUGUGGUUUCUUGUAUUGAGAGCAUUGCAACCUUUCGAAAGCUGAUACACGUCGUUCAACUUCAAUUACGCUCACUUCAACGAGGCGCAGAUAUUCGGUAUACUAGAACUUUGCUAAUCCUACUCUAUGGAAGCUUGGCAGAGAUUUCAAAUAGCUGGAAGACCAUGGAGCCAUUACUGGAUGACGUUGCCCCGUACCUUUCCAUGGGACUCCAAUCAAACACAUCUUCACAUCUUUUACAACAACCUGCUUUACCUAGUAUUGCCGAGGCUACUUCACCUAUUACGCCCACGAGCUCUCGUAUGGUAGCUCCUCCAGCAAGACCUCAUCGGCGUCGACAUGCGGGAUCUUUCAGUGCUCAGGAUGUCGCUCAUGGUGCUUCGUUAUCAUCGAGUAGCAUAUCGGCACCCAACGUCUUGCCAUCCGUGCCGAUCAGUGAAGAUCACAAGCGAGCCAAUCGACCACCGGCACUAACGAGUAUGCCUUCACCAGCUAAUUUGCCUUAUUCUGCCGAACAAGGCACUCUAGAUGGACAAAAGAUUGGUACUACUCCAUUCAGCGCAAACCAAGAACAACAAAAGCAACAACAAGCUGGACAGGCACAGCAGCAAAUCAGUAGAAGAACACUCUCAAACACAAGCGGUCCAAAGAGCGCAGGCACUGCACUUUAUACCUCACAAACAGAUGUUGAACGGGAAAUACCUAUUGAUGAUCAUCUCUUACAGUUGGUCGUGAAGAUCACUUCGGUCGCAUUUAGCGUUUGGGCGGGCAUUGAAGAGUAUCUCAUCACCCUGGGGUUGCCGAAAGCGUCAAGCGGACAUGCGAAUAAGGGCAGUAAUGGAUCCAUGCUGAUCAAUCCUGCAUCAACAGCUGAUCAGGCAGGAGAGGAUAGUCAGUCGAAAAGUCGUUUGCCAAGAUCAGCACGUCAGCAAGCUUCAGAGGUUUCAACGCUGCCGGAUAACUCUGAGCAAGGACCCACGCCAUCUACUGAUUCAAACACCAUAUCAGGUGAUACAACAGUGUCAAAUUCUAUCACUCAGGCUGUGGAAGGAGAAGAAACGACAGACACUGCCGUCACUCCAACCAAUCCUGCACCGUCUCCAGCGGUUCAGAGACGCUUACGACAACUUCAUGAUUUGACACGUGGUGUGAAUGAGCACACACAACGUUUGUAUGGGUGUCUGGAGAGGGCACAAGAUGCAAUUUAUCGUCGUACGCCUACUCCUCUCUCUCCUGUUCCGACUACCAUCAGUGCAAGUACGACGAAUAACAAUCCUCGACAUCAUGGACGUGCAGGCAGCACAGUGAGCAGCGUCAACAGCCUGAGCACGCCAUCCAAUCCAUCAUCCCUUGUUCGGGCCGAUCAAAAUGGUCAAAAUGUGAAGCACAAAAAAGAAAACAGUUUUGAUCAAAACAAGAGCUUAUCAUCCGAUACAUCAACAAAUAAAUCAUCAAGAGAAUUAUUUGUUGAAAGCAAUCAUUUUAUCAAAUCAAUUUUACACAUUUCACAUUUUAUCAAAGCACUUUCAGCUGAAGGUUUCAUUUUACCAAAAUACGUUAAAGCAAGUAUGGCAGAAUUAACAACAUGUGCUCGUGAUCUUACCUUACAUUUACACUUCCUUUCCGGUCCUUCUCUCGCCCCGAAUAUUGGAUUGAAUCCUGCCAAUUUGAGUUCUGCCCCUGCUGCCGUUCAUCAUAAUGCACCUUUGCAACAGCAACAACAAAGACAAUGAUCAAAACAAUCGGAACAGGCGUAACAUGACAGGAUCGCCUCGAUUUUAUCUUUCUGCUCAAUUAUUAUUUUCUGUAGAUUAAUAAAGCGUCAUGUACUACGCUUUCCCACUUCAUUCUGUAUCACUAUACAAUAAACGACAUCAUUCAUUAUGC